AUGACAGACCACCGUUAUUUUAUCCUUCCUUCCCUGUGAUACUUCUUCUUAACAAUACAUACAUACCCCUUUCUCCUUAAACUCACUCUCAUCCAUGGCUUUAUGGAGUCCACGAUUGCAAAGAUUUCUUCUCAACAACACCUCCAACACCAACCUUAGUAAGAUCGACUUCAAGAAGACCAACACGAAUUUCAUUACCAGAAACCGCCGCCGUUGCUCAGCGAUUGCUAUUGACGCUCCUUCUUAUGGUCUCGCUUCUGGGAUCAGAUGGGGUUCCGCCAAAUUACAGGGUGCUCGUGACGAGAUGGAAGUCGAUGCUGUAAUAGUCGCUAAUAACACCGACGACCUUCAAGGUUUCUAUUUUGCUGCUGUUUUUUAUGGCCACGCGGGUUUCUCUUCUUUCAACUUUCUCAGGGAGAAGUUGUACAAGGAGUGUGUGAAGGCUCUACAAGGGGGCCAAUUAUUGGAUAACAAAGACUUUAUUGGAAUUAAAAAUGCCCUGCAAGAAGCUUUUCACAACGCUGAUGCAAAGGAAGAAAUUGGCGGGAGUUAGGUUAAGAAAAUGGGGGGAAAUGGGCGUCGGAGAUUCGUGACCCGUUUAGUAGAAAACGGAUAUGGUUAGGAACAUUUAAUACCGCUGAGGAAGCUUCUAAAGCGUAUAUGGAUAAGAAGCAGGAGUUUUCAGCGACAAAAUCCGACCCGACCCGGAGUUGAUGGUUCAGUGCCUGUGCUAUGGAAGAAAUCGAAACUCAAGUCGAAAUCGUGGUGUAAAUCGAAAUUGCUGAGACGAAAAGAUGAUAUGGCAAACUAUAUUUUUAGGUGUACUGUUUCAAUUGAUUUUUGUGUUUGGUGGUAGUAAUAAUUAUGAGAAGAAUGUUUACAUAUGCCUAUGCCUGAAUCAGUUCAGUAUGGGAACAAAACUCUUAUUUUAAGUAAGGAUUUUAAUCUCAAAACUGAUGCGGGUACGAUCAAGUUUCGGCGACGUACAAAAGAGGAACGACGGUGUUCUGGCGACAAUCCCUUCCGGCGCGUGUCCUGUCCUCUUCCGUAACUAGCCGGAUAGGUGACCGGCGCCGGCAACACGCAUCAGCCAGACUUUCUCUAAGAUUCCGGUACUGAGUUCAGUUUUGUGACUUUAGUUGCUCUAUUUACUUAGAUAUGUUACAUUUCAACAAACAUUUGAA